AUGUUAGAUAACUUCAAAGUCCUCAGACUGCAGCCAAGAGCUGUCUUUACACAUGAAUGGGCCAUAAAAAUCACUGGGGACCAGACGAUUGUCAGUGAGAUUGCAGAGAAAUAUGGCUUUUCAAACAUGGGUCAGGUUGGAGACCUGACGAGUUAUUACAGGUUCUGGCACAAUGAGACGGCAAAACAAUCCACCAUGUCCAAUGAUGGACUCACGUUUGCUGUCUCCAAGGAGACUAAGGUGGAAUGGCUCCAGCAGCAGGUUGUUCAGAAAAGGGCAAAGACGGCCUCUGGGGUCAGGCAAAUCUACUCUACCAAACACUUCUCCUCUUUCCAUCUGCCUUCAAAACAGACGACGCCUCUGCACCUUGACGACCCAAAGUGGAGCAGCCUGUGGUUCAUUCAUUGCAGCGACAGGGGCACAGGUUGUCGCUCUUACAUGAACAUUGCAGGAGCGUGGAAAAGAGGCUACAGUGGGAAGGGUGUUGUAGUGUCUGUUCUAGAUGAUGGGAUAGAGGGAGCGCAUUUGGAUCUCAAGUCAAAUUAUGAUCCUCUCGCCAGCCAUGAUGCAAACAGACCUAAACAAACACAUCACAUCUCUAACUACCAUGGGACUCAAUAUGCCGGAAUCAUUGCUGCUGCAAACAGCUCACACUGCACACUUGGAGUUUCUUUUCAUGCAAGAAUAGGCGGUAUUGAUAUGUUAAGUGAAGAUGUGACAGACAUUGUAGAAGCCCAAUCACUAAGCUUCAAACCACACUACAUAGAUAUUUACUUGGGCACCUGGGGACCUGAAGAUGAUGGCAUCACUCUAGAGGGACCAGGGCCUUUGGCAAAAAUGGCACUGCAAUAUGGCAUCAAAACAGGUCGACAUGGUAGGGGCUCAAUAUUUGUUUGGGCCUCAGGGAAUGGAGGACUGUCAGGUGACCACUGUUCCUGUGAUGGCUACAGUAGCAGCAUCUACACUGUGUCUAUAAGCCCCACCAUGUGGAGCGGGGCCAGGCCUGGAUUUCUGGAGCGGUGUCCCUCGACUUUAGCCACAGCCUACUCUGGGAGCGAGGUGAAACCCAUGAUGACUGCUGGUGAACAUCAGACAUGUGUUAAGACACCCCCAGCAUCUUCCCUGUCUGCUUCUGUGGCAGCAGGUGUCAUUGCUCUCACUUUAGAGGCCAAUCCUUUGCUAACCUGGAGAGACAUCCAGCAUAUUAUUGUUCGCACAUCAAAGACGGAGCAUCUUGAAGCACCUGACUGGAGAAUAAAUGGAGCAGGAUACAGAGUGAGCCAUCUGUAUGGCUUUGGGCUGAUGGAUGCAGAGCACAUGGUUAAAGAGGGUGAACAUUGGAAACAAGUCCCUUCACAGCAUAUGUGUGUAGAAGAGGCUCCUGUGCAGCAAAUCAGGACUAUUUACCCAGGCUCUGUGUUGACAUCUGUGUACGAGACGACAGGUUGUGCUGGCAACCCUCUGCAGCACGUGGCUUAUGUGGAGCAUGUCAUUGUCCGUGUUACCAUCAAUCACCACCGUAGAGGCAACCUCUUCAUCAGACUCCUGUCUCCCUCUGGCACCAUAUCAGAGCUGCUAGCACACAGGCCACUAGACACCUCCAGUGAGGGCUUUCAGAAUUGGGAGUUUAUGACAACUCACUGCUGGGGAGAGCCUGCAAAAGGAAAAUGGACCUUGAAAAUAAAUGAUAUUUCAUCCAAAUCACACAACAUAACAUAUCUAGGGGCUUUAACAAAAUGGUCUCUGGUGAUUUAUGGCACAGCAAAGCAUCCAUAUGUGCCUCAAAAGAGUGUGCGUUCAGCAGAACCUAUUGAUAAUGAUCUUUUGGAAGAAUAUAAUGGACCCUGUGAUGCAGAAUGCAACAGUGACGGUUGUGAGGGACCUGGCCCACAGCAGUGUGUAACAUGCUUACACCUUUUUCUCAAAUUCAAAAACAACACUAGGCUGUGUGUAUCAGAGUGCCCAAAGGGAUUUUGGGGUGACCGUCGUCGUUGCAAGAGGUGCUAUGCGACUUGUGAAAGCUGUACUGGGAGUCGAAGUAACCAGUGCACAACUUGCCAAUCUGGGCACCACUUAACUGAGGGCACAAACACCUGCACAACCAUCUGUGGAGAAGGCUAUUAUCUCGACCAUGAUGCAAAUAUGUGCAGGAAGUGCAGUGAAAACUGCCUCAAGUGCACAACCUUCAGCAUUUGCACAGAAUGCAAACAAGACACAAGUCUGCAGGGAAAUCAGUGCUUGCGGAGCUGCCCAGCAGGAUUUUACCAUGACAAACAGGAAGGCAUAUGCAAGCCCUGUCACAAAGCAUGUGCUACUUGUGCAGGCCCAGGGGUUGAGUCUUGCAAACGUUGUGCAGAAGGAUAUUUAAUGGAGGAGUGGAGGUGUGUGCACUCCUGCAGCGCUGGCUUCUAUGCCACAGAGCCAAGCCCAGAGAUAGCUUAUGGGCAGAGGAUAUGUAGGAGGUGUGACGCCAGCUGUUCGGCCUGUGUGGGACCAGAGCCGGAGAACUGCAGCAGAUGUUCCAGUGGUCAUAGCCAUCAGGGCGGAGUGUGUGUGCUCAACACAGAGUGUGAAGAGGGCGAGUAUCCAGACAGUAAUAGGAAAUGCCAUGCAUGUGAUGCUACAUGUCUGAAGUGCACAGGACCACAGAGUAAUGAUUGCAUCAGCUGUUCCUCUUCACGAUCUCUGGAUGAAGGUCACUGUGUUCUGAACUGUGCAAAAGGCAAAUACCAGUCAGGAGGACAGUGUCACAUGUGUGACCACACCUGUGCCACCUGUUCAAAUGCAGGACCCGCCAACUGCACCAGCUGUGACACCGACAAGUUUGGUAUGGAUCGAUACCUGUUCAUGGGCCAGUGUGUGGAUGUCUGCCCUGUCUUUUACCACACUAAAGAGAAAAGCUGCGAGCCAUGCUCUGACCACUGCAAACUGUGCUCUAGCCCCACCCACUGCCUUAAGUGUAACUCCUCCUACUAUGUUUCUGAUGGACUGUGCAGCAAGCUGGAGUGUGGAGAAGGGGAGGUGGAAGAUCCAGAUUAUGAGGACUGCAUGGCCUGCGAAGAAGGCUGCAAAAAGUGUGUCUUAUAUAACCCUAGGCAUUGCCUGUCCUGCAUAGAGGGUUUUUACAAUUUUCAGGAAGGUUGCUUCAAAAACUGUCCAGCAAAGACGUACAGUGUGGAGGAGGAGAUGACUUGCAUCCCAUGUGAUGAGAAAUGUGUGAGCUGUGACGAACAUGAGUGCUACUGGUGUGAAACUGACCUGUUCUUAUCAGAGGGUAGAUGUGUUGAAGUGUGCCCUGAUGGUUUCUAUGGUGAUGAGGACUCAAAUGACUGUGAGGAGUGCCAUUCAGAUUGUGUGAGCUGUAGUGGGCCAGAGGAAGAUGACUGUAAAUUCUGUGAGGAAGGAAAGACGCUGGAAAAUGGCCUGUGUGUGUUUGAACAUGAAGCCUGCCCCAUGAAAACCUAUCGCAGUGAUGAUGGGGCAUGUGAGGAUUGCCACCCUUCCUGUGAGGCCUGCUCUGGAGAUGAGAAAAAUCAGUGUACAAAAUGUGCAAAAGGCCGUUUUCUCAGCCCACAGCAGUCAUGUGUGUUGAAGUGUCCAGGGGGAUACUUUGCAGAUCGGAUAUCCAGUGUCUGUGAAGAGUGCCCCUUUGGCUGUUUGACAUGUAUGGACGCUCAGCACUGCACACGCUGCCAGAGCACCCGAAAUGCUCCAUUAUACCUUCAGAAUGGCCAAUGUGUUGAACAAUGUCUCAGGGGUUAUCCUGCUGGUUUAGUGUGUCGAAGUUGUGAGGCAGGAUGUGCUUCCUGUUUAAAAAAUAGCACCCACUGUUUAAGCUGUGAUUCUCCUCUUCUUCUGCACAAACACCUCUGUGUGGAGGACUGUCCUGCAGGCCAUGCAGUCCGAAAUGGAGAAUGUCACCAUUGUCCACCUGCUUGUGCAGAGUGCAAUCCAGUUGGACAAUGCAUUGAAUGUGAAGAGUAUCAUUUUCUGCUCGAGGGACUAUGUGUACUAGACUGUCCCGAUGGGUUAUUUGCUGAUACGGAGCAAAGGGAGUGUUCCCAUUGCCACCCUGAUUGUAGACUGUGUGACGGACCAAACAGCAAUGACUGUGAUAGCUGCAUGGACUCUCAAGCCACGCUGCACAAUGGGGCAUGCCUAACAUCCUGCCCCUCACACACCUAUCAGGAUGACAUCUCAGGAGACUGUAAAGAGUGUGAUGCCUCUUGCCUCACUUGCUCUGGGCCAUACAGUGACUCUUGUACUAGUUGUAGAGAUGACUACAGACUGGAGGGCCAUAGUCACUGUGUUCCAAUGACCCACUCAAAGUGUACAGAUCAACAGUAUGUGGACCAAAGCGGGGAAUGCCAUCCAUGUCAUAAAUACUGCCACAGGUGCUCUGGGCCUGGUACAAAUCAGUGCCUGACCUGCAACCAGGGUCAUCUCAUGCUCGAUGGUACCUGUUUGGAUCGAUGCCCAACUGGCUACUACCAGGAUGAUAUGGGACUAAAAUGUGAACAUUGUCAUCCCUCUUGUGAGUCCUGUGUGGGAAAACACAGCCACGAGUGUCUUUCCUGCAAAUCCAGUCUUUUCCUUGAGGCCAAAGAGUGUGUUGAGACCUGCCAGCAUGGGCACUAUGGAAACCCGGCCUCCAGGAUGUGUGAGAAGUGUGACCCCAGUUGCAGUGAGUGUCUUGGCGCAGGAGAGGACAGCUGCCUUACUUGUACUGUGGGCCUAGUUUAUUUGCGCAAAGCUGGACGAUGUCUUCCUGUGUGCCCUGAAGGAUACUACAAUGAUGCUGAGCACGGGACCUGCGAGCCUUGUCAUGCCACUUGCAAAGCUUGUUCAGCAAAAGAAUCACAUUCAUGUCAGGCAUGCCAUGUUGGAUACAGAUUGACAGAUGGGAUGUGCGAAUCAAUGUGCUACAGGGGCCAGUAUCCUGUAAUAGAGAGCAUGGAGCUGGCUUGUGAAGACUGUGAUGCUUCGUGUUUGGAGUGCUGGGGCCAAGGUCCAACCAGCUGCACCUCAUGUCCUCCUAAGGCUAUGCUCGAACCUGGGGGGCGCUGUCUGCUUUGUUGUAGCCAUGACAACAAGGAUGGGGCAGAUAAUAAACGGCAGCAGGACUGUUGUAACUGCACUGAAUCUCAAGGAGAGUGUAUCGUCAGCACGAACUUACCAUUCAGAAAUGAUGAAGAAGAGGAGGAGCGAGGGAACUUAGCUGUAUUCAUCACUGCUUGUGUUCUACUGGUGGUUGUACUGGUGGCUAUUGUCUUCCUCAUUAGACACUCGCGGUCAAAAGGUGCAGCCCGGGACAUUCCCCUUCGUGGCUAUGAGAAGCUGGGCUCAGGCGGGUUUGGAGGGGGAGGCAGCAGACACGGCUAUAGUCCAGCCUCCUCCACCUCUUACAGUGGACAUGCAGGCUCAUGCAGUGGCCGCUUCCAGGAGUCCCAAAUGGUGGACUUCAGUGACCGACGCUUGGGGAGUAAGAACAACGAUGACGACGAUGAUGAUGAGGACAUAGUGUACAUGGGCCAGGAUGGCACUGUGUACAGGAAGUUCAAAUACGGACAGCUGGGAGACGACAAUGAGGAUGAGCUGGAGUAUGACGAUGAGAGCUACACUUUUCGAUGAAAGAGGAGAAUAAGUCAUACAUCUUUGUGUGUCUUUG